AAAAAAGAAUAUUUAAGAGGGCUCAACCAGAGAAUCGAAUUGCAAUCAUGGCGUUACUAAAGGUGACCGCUUUGGUGCUGUGCGCGGCAUUCGUGUCCGCUCUCCCAGCUGAAGAUCCCGUACUCGGCAGAUGGUCCGAGGGUCUUCGCUAUGACUACAUGGAGGACGACGCCGGAACCCCUCACUUGGUGGACAACUGGCUGAAGCUCAGCGACUUUGAGAAGCUCGCUAGAUACAACCCUGAUGCGUCUAACCGAUACCACCUCUUCACCAGACGCAACCCUCAAAUCAGUCAGCCUCUCGCCUUGAACAACGUCCAGUCAGUUCAGAACUCCAACUUCAAUGGAAGAUCUCGUACUGCUGUGCUGAUGCAUGGUUUCGCUGGAUCCGUCACUUCUGGAUUCAAUACAGUUCUUGUGCCAGCUUUCCUGGCCGCUGGAGACUACAACGUCAUCGUUGUCGACUGGAGCGCCGGCUCCAGCUGGGGACCGCGCGCCGUUGAAGCCGGCCAAGCUGCUGGUCGCUUCAUCAACUGGCUGAACGGCAUCACCGGGAGCACAGCCAACCUUUACACUGUUGUCGGCUACAGUGUAGGAGGACACGGCGCCGGUAUCAUUGCCAGGACGAUCAACGGAAACGUUGGAUACGUUAUCGGAUGCGACCCAGCCGACCGUUGGGACAACCAAUGGCUGUUCAGACCCUCAGACGGACUUUACACCGAGGUUAUUCACACAAACGUGGGCAACAUCGGCAUGCGUCAGCCACUGGGAGACGUGGACUUCUAUCCCAACGGUGGGGUUAACAUGCCUGGCUGUAUGACCGCUCUUUGCGACCAUUACAGAUCAUAUUACUACCUGGGAGAAUCAUUGAGGACCGGUGGCUUCACUGGUAGACGUUGCUCAAACCUCAACCAAGCUCUCUCUGGGAGCUGCAACCAGUCAGGGACCUUGAGGCUUGGAGGACCCAACCCCAAGACUGGAAACUCCGGUAUCUUCCAUCUCACCACCAACCCUCUGCCUCCCUUCUCCAGGGGUUGAGAACCUUUUGUGAUAUUUAUGAAA